GCAUCGGCACACCGGGUAGCUUAGCUCCGCGAUGGAGGCCGCCGCGUCGCUGCCGCUCCCCGCCUCCCGCUUCCUCUCCCCUCCUCCUCCUCCAACGCCGGCUGUCGCGGCGGCGGUGGCUGCGUGCUGCUCCCGGCGGAGCCUUUCCCGCGCCCGCGCCGCUGCCGCCGGGGCGCUGCAAGCCUCGAGGCCGCGGCCGUCCCCUCGGCGCAGCGCUGUCGCGGAGGUCAAGGCCUCGCCCGACCCUGUCUCUGCGCUCACCAGGUUCGAGGAUGUGCUGCAGACACAGGACUGCAACAUAAUCCUGCGCCACUACGGGGAAACAAGACGCUGGGAUGAGCUUUCUAAGGUCUUCGGGUGGAUGCAGGAGCACGACAUGCUCAACGUUGCGUCUUACAGCAGUUACUUUAAGUACCUUGGAUUGAGCCGUAACCCUGCCCAAGCGUUGCGAGUGUACGGCUCUAUCCAAGAGCACUCAACGAGAGUUCAUGUCUCUGUUUGUAAUUCGGUCCUCGGGUGCUUGGUGAAGAAUGGGAGGUUUGACAGCAGCUUCAAGCUUUAUGAUGAGAUGAUACGAGAAGGUGUAUCACCCGAUCUGUUCACCUACAGUACUCUGCUAUCAGGGUGCAUGAAGCUGAAUCAUGGCUACACUAAGGCCAUGGAAUUAGUAAAUGAGCUGAACUCCCGUGGUCUUCAGAUGGAUAGUGUAAUUUAUGGCACUCUCCUGGCUAUAUGCGCAUCUCAUAAUUGCUGUGAGAAGGCUGAGGAAUAUUUUCAGAAAAUGAAGGAUGAAGGCCACAAUCCUAAUCUAUUCCAUUAUAGCUCUCUGUUGAAUGCAUAUUCAGAAAAUGCUAAUUAUGAAAAAGCUGAUCUGUUGAUGAAAGAUUUGAGGUCAUCAGGGUUAACACCGAACAAGGUUAUACUCACGACUUUGUUAAAGGUGUAUUCUAAAGGUGGUCUCUUUGAGAAGGCAAGGGCACUGCUAACUGAACUGGAAGCUUCAGGCUUCGCAGAGGAUGAGAUGCCUUACUGUAUAUUGAUUGAUGGCCUUGUCAAAGAACGGAAGAUAUGGGAUGCCAUGAUCCUAUUUAAUGAGAUGAAAGAAAAAGGUGUCAAGUCUGAUGGCUAUGCAUUCAGUAUCAUGAUAUCAGCAUUACACCGAGGUGGCUAUCAUCAAGAGUCAAAACAACUUGCAAAAGAAUUUGAGGCCAACAAUGCUACAUAUGAUCUGGUUAUGCUUAAUACAUCACUUCGUGCUUACUGUAGCACCAAUGAUAUGGAAAGUGUAAUGCUUAUGCUGAAGAAAAUGGAUGAAUCAAACAUAUCACCUGAUGCUAUCACAUUUAAUACCUUAAUAAGGUACUUCUGCAACGCAAAGGUCUAUCAUCUAGCAUACAAGACAAUUCAAGAUAUGCAUACAAAGGGCCAUCAAUUGAAUGAGGAGCUUUGUUCUGAGAUAAUGAUGCAGCUAGGAGAAGCAGGUUUUCCUUCUGAAGCAUUUUCUGUGUAUAAUAUGUUGAGAUACGGAAAGAGAAGAGUGUGUAAAUCUCUUCAUGAGAAGGUUUUAUGUAUCCUAGUUCCAGCUGGACUUCUUAAGGAUGCGUACAUAGUUGUUAAGGACAAUGCCGAGUUCAUAUCUCGACGUUCGCUGGGGAAUUUUGCUAGAUCUUUCGUGGCAUCAGGAAACAUAAAUUUGAUUAAUGAUGUUAUGAAAGCACUACACCGUUCAGGAUGGUGUAUUAGCCAGGAUAUCUUUGGGAAAGCAAUUCAGCGAUACAUUCAGAAACCUGAUAAGAAGCAACUACUGUUAUGCCUCUUGGAUUGGAUGACUGGUCAAGGCUAUUCUGUGGACUCGUCAUCAAGGAACUUGCUUUUGAGAAAUGCCCAGCUCUUUGGCCAGAAACAACUUAUAGCAGAAAUCCUUUCCAAGCAGCAGGAAGCAUCAAGGAUUACAGGCCCAAGGACAAAAAAAUAGUUGAUAAGGUAAUAUCCAAUAUAUAUGUUAAUUGUUUGGAUUCGUCCAAGAACAUUUUUUUAGUAAACCAUUGUUGCUGAGCGUCUUAACAUGUUCGCAGAAUAGGUUAGAUCAUCAGGUAACAAGUUAUUCACCCUCAUCCUCGUCUGUUCCAGGAUCCAACCAAGAUUCAUCAGAAUUGCAGAAUCUGGUGCUUAUAUGCAUAUAUUGUAAUUACCCAUGUUAUGUUGUAAUGCCUGAGCUUGAGCUUGUCCAUUUUAGUCAGGGUAUUCAGGUUGAGAUUCCACAAGAGCUGCAGAUUGCACUAGCAAGUGGUAGACAAGUCUUGCAAUGACGUGAAUAUGCUGGAUUUAGGACAGCCCAGCGGGUAGCAAGUAAAGUUCUCAUUGCAUCUUCACGGCAACAUCACAGAGAAUGUUUACUGGGUUUGGUGAUUUGUGCAGUUAACGUUAUGGACCUUCUUGAAGUGAAUAGUAUGGUACAUAGAUCUGGAAAACUUUAGCAGAUUUCAAAUCUUGUUAACUGUACAUAAUUAUUCUACAUUUCUUGAAACAUGGAAAGAAAAAAUUGCUAAGGCACUGAACAGAAGAUGGAUUGAGAGAUAUUCAAUGGAACUCAGAGGUAUCUUAUUUACAUAAAAAAAUAGUUACUU